AUGCGCAGUGAUGCGAGAUUGUCCAAUGCCACUGUGACUCUCUCUCACCACGUUCCGCAGAAGCGCUCUAGCCGCUGCGCAUGUCCUGCAACGAUCAAUCUCUCUCCUCCUGAACGCACAGCUCACCUCAACUUCCUCGUUCCAACUCUCCUUGCCCCCUCUUUGCCUCUCCAUGCCCCCCUUCUUAUGCUACUACCCUGUUAUCACCCCGCCUUCCCUCCUUUCCCUCCCUUUCCUCCUUCCACUCCCUCUUCUCAUCCCCUCUCCCAACAACCCUCACUCAUCUGUCGUACAACCCUCUUCCGGUCCCUGCGUGUCCCCAUGCCCCUCCCCGCGUUGCUUCCCUCCCCCCACACUCCACCGUGCCCGCUGACCUCCGUGAGCCCGCGGCUGCACCCCCUGCGUCCAACCCUCUCCUGCCUUCGCUGGCAGUCAAGCUGUUUUGCACGUGCUGGCAGCGUGGGGGCAGCUUGGGGGCGGCUGGCAGGCGUGGUCGGCCAGCAGCGACUGCUCCACCGUGCAGGGCGUCGCAUGCGACGCUCGCAGGCAACGUCGUCUCCCUGGUACGUGAGGCAUGUGAGUGCUGCUCCAGCGCAUGUGAGUGCUGCUCCAGCGCAUGUGAGUGCUGCUCCAGCGCAUGUGGGUGCUGCUCCAGCGCAUGUGAAUGCUGCUCCAGCGCAUGUGGGUGCUGCUCCAGCGCAUGUGAGUGCUGCUCCAGCGCAUGUGAGUGCUGCUCCAGCGCAUGUGGGUGCUGCUCCAGCGCAUGUGAGUGCUGCUCCAGCGCAUGUGGGUGCUGCUCCAGCGCAUGUGAAUGCUGCUCCAGCGCAUGUGGGUGCCUUCAGAGUACUCUCGGCCCGCUUGCCAGGGGCGUGCCAGCAACGUGUGCAGGCAUCCCUCUCCUCACCUCAGUACAUUGCCCCAUCUGUAGUCCUUCCACGUCUCCCCUCCCUCUCCCUCUCCUAA